GGCCAUGGAGCGCUACGAGAAGCUGGGCAAGCUCGGGGAGGGCUCCUACGGCGUCGUCUUCAAGUGCCGCAACAAGGACACGGGGCAGAUUGUGGCCAUCAAGAAGUUCCUGGAGUCCGAGGAGGACCCGGUGAUUCGGAAGAUCGCCCUGAGGGAGAUCCGCAUGCUCAAGCAACUCAAGCACCCCAACCUGGUGAAGCUGCUGGAGGUGUUCCGGAGGAAGCGGCGCCUGCACCUGGUGUUCGAGUACUGCGAGCACACGGUGCUGCACGAGCUGGGCAAGCACCCCCGCGGGGUGCCAGAGUACCUGGUGAAGAGCAUAACCUGGCAGACCCUGCAGGCUGUGAACUUCUGCCAUAAACACAAUUGCAUCCACCGGGAUGUAAAGCCAGAGAACAUCCUGAUAACAAAGCACUCAGUCAUCAAACUCUGUGACUUUGGAUUUGCCCGAAUCCUGACCGGUCCCAGUGACUACUACACCGACUACGUGGCCACCAGGUGGUACCGCUGCCCCGAGCUGCUGGUGGGGGACACGCAGUACGGCCCCCCCGUGGACGUGUGGGCCAUCGGCUGCGUGUUCGCCGAGCUGCUCUCGGGGGCGCCGCUGUGGCCGGGCAGGUCGGACGCGGACCAGCUGUACCUGAUCCGCAGGACCCUGGGGGAUCUCAUUCCCAGGCACCAGCAAGUACUCAGCACCAACCAGUUCUUCAGUGGGGUAAGAAUUCCAGACCCAGAGAGCAUGGAGCCACUGGAAAUGAAAUUCCCCAAUAUUUCAUACUCUGCACUGGCUCUCAUGAAGGGCUGCCUUCGGAUGGACCCAGCAGAGAGGCAGAGCUGUGAGCAGCUGCUGCAGCACCCCUAUUUUGACAGCUUUAGGGAGGCAGCAGAGCUGGGCAGAGAUCAUGGGAGGAGCCCUCGGAAACCAGCCCGGCUGACUCGGAAACACCUGCCCGGGUUACAGCACCUGCCUCAGCUGACCUGCAGCAACGUUCUCCCAGCUUUGGACAGCAAGAAGAACUGCUGCAUGACAAGGAAAUCAAAGUACCACUUCCCAAACAUCUGACCAGGUGGCAAAUCAAAACUCAGUAGCUGGAAGUCAUCCAGGAUUCCUAAAUGGAGGAUACAGAGGGAAAAACUAAAUUACUACAAGUUAUGGCAUGUACAGAGUAGUGUCCUCUCCUCUGGGUCAUUGAUGGAGAGGAAGUGAUGCAGAAACAGCUCCAAGCUCAUCUUAGUGUUCUGUGUAGAAAGGCAAAUACAUUUUUAAUUCCUGAUUGCCUCCUGGUUCAGGAUUACCCCAAGCCAGUGCUUACAGUAAGAAAUUUAAAACUCUGCCUGUCUGUCCCCUGCAUUUCAGACUUGGCAGGAGAACUCAACCUUGCCAAAUACAGAGUCCCUCCUGCUUUAGCCUGCCCAAGUCCCUGCUGUGUGAGGAGCUGUGUGAAGGGGUGAAGAUGUGUUGGUGCAGCCCAGGCUGAGGGGCUGCCUGGCUGCUCUCACUGCUGCCCUUACAGAGCUCAGAAGUUUCAAAGUGCUGCUGGUGACUUCACAGCUCAGCAGGCACCAAGCCUAGAACAGAGCUGUUCCCUGCUGUUCCUUUAGUCUUUCCAGAGCUCCUGCAACUUUCAUCCUUGAAUUCUGCUUCUGACAAGAGUGAGGAUACUUGCUUGUAGUUACAAAAAUGUUUUUAUCAAAACUAAUCAUGAAUGUAAUUUACAACAUUUCCCAGACACAGGCAGGAAUUCUACCCAAGUGUUUGUAUUAGAACGACUGGGGUUUGUGGAAUCUCAGAGCAUAAUAUUGUGUUGAUUUUGAAUAAAAGAAAUGUAGUUUCUUUUUCCAAUUUACUGGAGGUAUUUUACCAUAUAAAGCUUUACUACUAGGCAAGAACAUUCUCUUUUUACUGACACUUGAGCAAAAAUGUUUUGCCAGUACAUUGUGUAGAAGCCCUUUCAGCGGGACAGAGGCCAUGUCCUGUGUGCCUUCUGUUUCCUUACACAUGGAAAACCAUCUGUGCAUCUCACUGCCUUCUGCCCUUCCCUACCCCAAAACCAGGGAUUUGACUGAAAAUGCUCUGUUCUCCCCCAGGAUGAGCCAUUCCCUCUCUGCUGGCACUGCUGAGGCCCCACCUCCAAUCCUGGGGGCAGUUCUGAGUCUCUCACAAAAAAGGGAUUGAGGGGCUGGAGCGUGUCCAGGGAAGGGAACAGAGCUGGGAAGGGGCUGGAGAAUUCCUGAGG